AGCUAUCACUUAUUUUCAUUUUACCAAAAGAGUAAAACAAGGAGUUAAAAUUUGCGUUUUGUUGCUCGUCAAAGAGGUCAGGGAAUAUGGUUGUGAAUCUCUGCCUGCCACACUUUGAUACAACAAUCCAUUGCAACAAGCUGUGCGCAGACGGGUAUGAUGUCACAAACCUUGUGUCCACGGACCCGGCUCUACGGAAGCGAGGCUUUAAGCUGGAGUACUUCCUGCGUCCACCAGUACAGGUGACACUGAAGUUUGGCUUCCAGGUGGAGCUGUGCAGGGUGGAUGUGGAGCUGUGUCCCUGGGGUAUGGACCGGGGUCAGGCCUGCAAGAAACUAGAGAUCAGCACCAGCUCCGAUCCUCUACCUUCCCAGAAUUAUGGCAAGGGUCAAGGCCAUGAACAGGGCCAGCGAAAGGAACAAAUGCACAUGCAGGUACCAAAACAAAAAACAGAACCAGAACGUGGUAAUAAAUCUGGCCGGUUUAUGGGACACCAGUGGAGUGUUCAGGCCCAAAGUUGGGGUGAGGAGGCUCUGGAUCAACAAAGAGGCAAGACGCACAGUGGGCAGAAGCCCAAAGAGCAUGCUCAGUCAAACACUCAAUCCAGUAGUUCUGAGCCCAAGUUUAGACUGGUAGGUCGUUGCGAGCUUAGGGAGGAAACCCAAAUCUGUUUCUCGCGUUCACAUUUUUGUCCCCGGCCGCCAUUCCUCUCAGCUCCGCCUCCAAAACCUGCCAACUGUCGGCAGGAGGAACUUUGGAAUCGGGGACUGGUUUCAUUAGGCUCUGUAACGCAACUCCGUGUGACUGUGCCAGUCGGUGGUUCUGCAUCUGCGCUGGGGCUCAAGGCUUUGGCCGUGUGGGGACAACCUGCUCGCUUUUGCCCUGCAGACAAAGUGGAGAGAAUUAGAAGAGUGCACGAGGCCAGUGAGAGACGACUGCCACGGCCUUCUAUUUUUAGCCCUUCUGUCAGUCAGACCAAACGGCCACUGCAAGCAACAACAACUCAAAGCAAUCAUGCAAUCCCAGAAGAGUUCCUCGACCCCAUAACUCAGGAGGUAAUGACGCUUCCGAUGCUGCUGCCCAGUGGUGUGUCAGUAGACAACGCUACCCUGGAGGAGUACCAGAAGAGGGAAGCCACUUGGGGUCGACCCCCUAAUGACCCCUUCACUAGUGUCCCGUUCACUGCGACCUCCCAGCCUCUCCCAAAUCCCCAACUGAAAAGCCGCAUUGACCACUUCAUCUUGCAGAGGGGUGACUUGAGGAGGGAUGGAACGGUGGGGAGACGAGGGGAGCGAGAAAAUCCACAGCCCUCAAGGCUCAUCGCUUCUGUUGAGGAAGGAGAGUCCCCAAACAACUCUCCAUGUCCCAGUAACAGCUCUCUAAACAGCACUAAUAUACAGUAUAAUGCUGGCACCAGAAACACAAACAGGAUUACACACAUAGAAGACACUGCCUCGGGACAUUCAUCAGGAAAUAGGAAUUAUACAUCUAACUCCCAGCCGCUUACUAAAGAUAAUAAAUUAGAGUUUGAUAGGAGGAAGAAACGAGAUCUAAGUGGAUUUCUUAAAGAGUCAACAGAAGAGUUGACGGAUGAGAAGCAACGACUACUUCAAACAAAAAGACCAAAAAUUGAUAUAACCUCAGAACCUAGCUGCAGCUCUCACGAGCAGCGUUUGUCAGCCAGCCUGGACGAAGCCCUCUUCUCUGCCCUGAGAGGCCGACCCUCCUUCACCUCAAAUCUGUCAUUGCAGCGGCAGGUUACUCCUGGCUCUGAGUCACCUGACAGCUCACAGCAAUGCCAGAAAGCAGAUACUUCAAGCGUGCCAACAGGCGAGAAGACGUGCUCUGCGUGUUCCUGCGUUGUCUCCGUUUACUCCACAUCUGCAUCACCUGUCUACCGUCUAACCUGUGGUCACUUGCUCUGUCGUGCCUGCCUGCGGAGGGAAUCACAGCAACUAAACUCCGUCACCACAGGAACAUGUCAUCACAUCUCAUGCCCCGCCUGCCAAAGCCUGAUCUCUCGUAAUGACAUCAUACGUGUGCAUCAUUGACAAGUGGCGUAAAAAAGACAAACCUUUAAAGCCUGUGAAGAAAUGAGGACUGUCCUCAAGGUGAUGACAGAAU